AGCCGUUUCCCCCUCAUUCAUCCAGAAUCAUCUAUCGCUCUGUCGGAGCCGCUCCUCAACACAAAACAUGUCGUACUCGAAAGUUAUAUACAGAGUAAAACCGACUCGUUUAUUCGGCGUGAGGCUUCGCUCAACAGUCGCAUCAACCCAGCACAAAGAGCUGAAGACGGAUGAAGCGCCUCUGGAGCAGUCCUGCGCCAUCCUGGAGACCCCGUGCGAUGUGGAUCUGAUCGGGGGGAAGAAGGCGCACAUCGGCGGCCAGAGGAUCUCCAUCGACUUCGACAACACACGAGAAGCCUACAGGAGCAAACACACUCUGGAGCUGCUCAGGAGUCUGCUGGUGUUCAAACUCUGUACAUUUGACUUCCUGGUCGACAAAAAUAAAGAGCUGAUAGACCUCAGCAAGAAGAUUCUCGGCCAGCGGCUCUUUGAGAAACUGAUGAAAAUGACUUUCUAUGGGCAGUUUGUGGCGGGAGAGGACCAGAACUCCAUCAAACCACUGAUCGAGAAGAACCAGGCGUUUGGUGUGGGUUCGGUUUUAGACUACAGUGUCGAGGAGGAUCUGACGCAAGAAGAGGCCGAGAAGAAGGAGAUGGACUCCUGUGUUUCUGAGGCUGAGAAAGAGAGCCACGUGGACACACAUGCAUGCUCACCUCAGGACCCCGAGUGUAUGGAUCACCGAGAGAAGAAGUACAAGGCUCACCGUCAGUUUGGAGACCGGCGUGGAGGAGUGAUCAGCGCUCGCACGUAUUUCUACGCAGAUGAAGCCAAGUGUGACCAUCACAUGGAGACCUUUAUAAACUGCAUCAAAGCCUCAGCUGGAAGUUCUGUGGAUGGAUUCUCAGCUAUUAAGAUGACUGCCCUCGGACGGCCACAGUUCCUGCUGCAGUUUUCUGAGGUGUUGGUGAAAUGGAGGAGGUUUUUCACUCUGCUGGCGGCUCAUCAGGGUAAAGACGGGAUGGCCGUUCUGGAGCAGAAGCUGGAGCUUCAACAGCUGCAGGACAGUUUGAUCAAACUGGGGGUUGGCGCUAAAUCAGACAUUGAGAACUGGUUUACAGGAGAGGAACUGGGCUCAUCAGGAACUAUUGACCUGCUGGACUGGAACAGCCUGAUCAACGACAGAACCAAGAUCUCCAACCUGCUGGUGGUGCCCAACAUGGAGAGUGGCCAUCUGGAGCCUCUGCUGAGUAAAUUCACUGAUGAAGAGGAGAAACAGAUGAAGCGAAUGCUGCAGAGGAUGGACGUCCUGGCCAAGCAUGCUGUGGAGAACGGUGUAAGGCUGAUGGUGGAUGCAGAACAGACGUAUUUCCAGCCAGCCAUCAGCAGACUCACGCUGGAGAUGCAGAGGAUCUUCAACAGAGAGAAACCACACAUCUUCAACACCUACCAGUGCUACCUGAGAGAGGCGUAUGAUAACGUGUCUGUGGACGUGGAGCUGUCGCGGCGCGAGGGCUGGUAUUUCGGCGCUAAGCUGGUCAGAGGAGCGUACAUGUGUCAGGAGAGAUCCAGAGCGUCGGAGAUCGGCUACGAAGACCCCAUCAAUCCUGACUACGAGGCCACCAACAACAUGUACCACAAGUGUCUGGAGUACAUUCUGGAGGAGAUCAACCACAACCGGAUGGCAAACGUCAUGGUGGCGUCUCACAAUGAGGACACGGUCAAAUUCACACUGGAGAAGAUGAACGAGAUGAAUCUCUCUCCCACUGAGAAUAAGGUUUACUUUGGGCAGCUGCUGGGAAUGUGUGACCAGAUCAGUUUCCCUCUGGGUCAGGCUGGUUUUCCGGUGUACAAAUAUGUGCCGUACGGGCCGGUAAACGAGGUGAUCCCGUACUUGUCCCGCCGCGCGCAGGAAAACCGCGGAUUCAUGAAGGGCUCACAGAGAGAGCGAAGCCUGCUGUGGAAGGAGAUCAAGCGCAGACUCUUCAGCGGACAGCUGCUAUACACACCUGUGUACUGAAACACACACAAAUGAGCAUCAGACUGCGAUACACACCUGUGUACUGAAACACACACACACACACAAAUGGACAUCAGGCUGCGCUACACAACCCUUUACUGAAAAACACACAAAAAUGAGCAUCAGACUGCUAUACACACCUGUGUACUGAAACAUACACACCCAAAUGGACAUCUGGCUGCGCUACACAACUCUUUACUGAAAAACACACAAAAAUGAACACAGCUGUUUACUGAAAACACACACACAAAUGAGCAUCAGACUGCUAUACACACCUGUGUACUGAAACAUACACACCCAAAUGGACAUCUGGCUGCGCUACACAACCCUUUACUGAAAAACACACACACAAAUGAACAUCUUUACACAGCUGCUUACUGAAAACACACACAAAUGGACAUCAGACUGUGCUACACAACCCUUUGCUGAAAAACACACACACAAAUGAACAUCAUUACACAGCUGUGUACUGAAAACACACACACAAUGAGCAUCAGACUGCAGAAUGCUAUACACACCUGUGUACUGAAACACACACACACACACAAAUGGACAUCAGACUGUGCUACACAACCCUUUAGCGAAAAACACACACACAAAUGAAUAUCAUUACACAGCUGUGUACUGAAAACACACACACAAUGAGCAUCAGACUGCUAUACACACCUGUGUACUGAAACACACACAAAUGGACAUCAGGCUGCGCUACACAACCCUUUACUGAAAAACACACACACGAAUGAACAUCUUUCGACAGCUGUUUACUGAAAACACACACACAAAUGAGCAUCAGACUGCUUUAUAGACCUGUGUGCUGAAAAGCACACACAAGUGAACAUCAGUCAGCUUUACAGAUCUGCAUACUGAAACAGACACACAUGUUGGUAUUGGUGGUUUAUGAGGACUCUCUAUAGGCGUAAUGUGUUUUACACUGUUAAAAAUGCUGAUUAUAUGGCCCUACUCCUAAACCCAUCCCUUACAGCAGCGGUGUCAAACUCAAUUCCUGGAGGGCCGAAGCCCCGCACAGUUUAGUUCCAACCCUGCUCCAACAAACUUACCUGUAGGUUUCAAACAGCUGUAACUGAACUAGAGUUAAAGACAACAUGAAAUCAAA